AUGCAGGAAGGGCUAUGGGGCAGGGAUGGAGAAGGGGGAUGCGGGACCUCCCCUCGCGACCCCCGCCUGUCGCGACAGGAGCUGUCGGGAAGCGGCGAGGCCGGCGGGAGGAAGGGCCACACACUCACCUACAACCGGGACCGGGGCUCCAUCGCCGCCGCCGCUGCGCUCGCGGCGGGGCUGGGGCCGGUCCGCGGGGUUGGAGACGAGCGGCCGGGGUUGGUCAGGAGCGGGGCUGCGGGCGGCGGGGGCUGCGCUGCCGUCCCUGCGGCUGCUGCCGGGCCCACACCGGGCCUGACCCCGGCCCGACCCCGGCCUGACCUCGCCCUGACCUUGACCUCACCUCGCCCUGACCCAGGCCCCCCUCCCCGGCCUGUUCCCCCUUCUCCCACCACCCCCUCUCCCCAGCUCUGCCCGGGCCCCCCAGGGGUCAGUCUGUCUCUUUCUGUCCCUGCUGUGUGCCCCUCGGGGCUGGGUUCUGGCCCCGCUCCCGGGUGCGGGGUCACAGCCUGUGUCUGCCCCGGGAGCACCGGGGGCUGCAGGAGCACCGGGGGCUGCCGCUGGCCCCGUGGCCGUGGGGACGGCGGGAGCGGAGCUGUGUGGGACGAUGGUGGGGACGUCUCCCUGACACCCUUCCCGGGCUGCUCCCGGCUGCGCCCUUCGCCUCUCGCCCACUCCGACAGCGUGGCUCCGGGUGCCGCCUCCCCGCCACCUCCCAGCGCUUUCCCACUCCCGUUGCCAGGACCCCUCCUGCAGAGCCCUGGCCCCGCGCCCGCCCUGGGAAGGUUCAGCUUGUCCUGGUCACACCUCACUGUGUGUUCAGCCCCACGGUGUGCCAGCUGCUGGCAGCAGGGCUGUGCCCUCGGGGGGGGAACAGGCUGCUCGCUGCGUCCCUCCGCUCUCCGGAGCCCACGGGAGCCACCUCUCUCCUUCCCUGCUAUUCCCAGUGACAGACUUGUCCCCACCUGCUCUUCCCUCCCCGUCCAGGUGUUUUACAACGGUGCCAACGUGAAGCAGGUGGACGUGCCCACGCUGACCGGCUCCUUCGGUAUCCUGGCCUCUCACGUGCCCACCCUGCAGGUCCUCAAGCCGGGGGUGGUGACGGUCUAUGCUGAGGAUGGCACAGCCACCAAGUACUUCGUGAGCAGCGGCUCCGUCACGGUCCACGCGGACUCCAGCGUGCAGGUGCUGGCAGAGGAGGCGGUGACGAUGGACAUGCUGGAUCUGGCGACUGCAAAAUCAAACCUGGAGAAGGCUGUGUCAGAGAUGGCUGCAGCAUCCGAUGAAGCAGCUAAAGCAGAAGCUCAGAUUAAAGUAGAAGCUAAUGAAGCUCUUGUAAAAGCCCUGGAGCAAUGAAGGAAUCCCACUGUCGAUGUAGAGAAACCCCAGACUGUCCUACUUGUCCUGGCUUCCCCGGUUGUACAGAUGGUGCGGGACAAAUGGAGGCGGAGAAAUCGCUCCGAUCAAUUAAAAGGAAAUGUAAUCCCGUC